CACAUUACGUUUCAGGAAGUGUGGGCUGUCAUCAAAAGAAACACACUGGGCCAGUCAUUGAGGAAACUAUUGCAAUAAGGAGCCUUUAUGCAGACAAUUAUAUUUUUUCAUGACAUUUUCAGUAACCUUGGGAGUCUAUUCUUCUGAGUUUAGUGAAGCUGCAUCAAAACAACGCACUCUAACUGCACACAAGUGUUGAAUUAGACACAUUGGAUAGUACCAGCUGCAAAAACCAGCGCUGUUUUUUUUGUAGUGUUUUUCUCUUUGCACUGCAGCUUAACACAUAUUUGUGAUUUCAUCUCUUGAUGUUUUAGCUCCAGACUGCUUUCCAAUUCUCUGCCUUGCUUGUGAUGUCGUGGCAGUAAAACACCUGCAUCCUCUUUGUCUGUGCAUGUGAUUAUGCACGAUAAACACGGAUAUCCUCUUCUUGCUCCAUUAAAUCACAAUACGAGUGUCAAUUAAGCCGGGUGACGUCACUUCACACCUUCUGGGAGUCAUCUGAAGAUGGAGGAUGAGAUGUUUGAUCAGAUUGUGGCCGUGUUUCACAGCCUGGUAACUUGGGUGGCUGCUGGUGCCAUGGUUUUCGGGGGAUUGGUGCCCUACAUCCCGCAAUACAGAGACAUCCGCCGGACCCAAAACGCUGAGGGCUUCUCCACAUAUGUGUGCCUGGUCCUUCUGGUGGCUAACAUCCUCAGGAUACUCUUCAGAUUUGGCCAUUACUUUGAGACGCUGCUGCUGUGGCAGAGCAUCAUCAUGAUCUUCACCAUGCUCAUCAUGCUGAACCUGUGCACAAACGUCCGCACGGCCACUGAACUCAGCACCAAGAGACGCUCCUUCAUAGCUACAGACAGUAAGGACGAGGAGAUCAGAAUCCCUAAGAGGCUUUUUGUGGACUUUGACUGGAGCUCCUUCUGGCUGUGGAGUCGCUUCCUGGACUACAUGCAGUGCGUGCUGUCCUUCACGCUGAUGGCCGCCUACGCCACUUACCUCUUCCUGGACUCGAUGCUUUUCGUGGAGACCCUCGGUUUCCUGGCAGUUUUCACCGAGGCGAUGCUGGGAACCCCGCAGCUCUACUGCAACUACCAGAACAAAUCCACAGAGGGCAUGAGUAUCAAGAUGGUGCUGAUGUGGACCAGUGGGGACACCUUUAAGACGGGAUACUUCCUGCUCACUCAGGCUCCCGUUCAGUUCUGGACCUGUGGCCUUCUGCAGGUCUUUGUGGACUUCACCAUCCUCUUCCAGGUGUAUUACUACAGCCGCUUCCCUCAGAAACCAGUUUCCCACACCGCCUCCCACACCACCAGUGCCAAAGCCCUCUGAAAACCCCCUCUGAAGACACUCAAAAAACACAACAGUGACUGAGGAAGCACUUUUAAGAGGUGCUGUGAACACGUUUAAACACACAGGAGUACCAAAGCACCUUGAGAUGAUGCAGGCUGCCCCCUCAAGUAUAAAUAAAAACACACACACACACCCAUAAGGCAUGAAGAUACACAGACUGUGUUUUCAACGGUACCUGACGGACACUUGUUACAAACGAACGUUCCUUUUUAUUUAUCCUACUGACUUGUUUUCAAACUGGACAUGAUGGAAAGCAGAGUUUAUCUUUGUGCAUGUGGAGAAUAUAAUGCACACUCUCUUGAGAAUAUACGCGGUAAAUAACUGCAGAUGUAUGCACUGUAAUCUGUGCACAAGGAAAUGUGAACCUUAGCUGGUGAUUGUUGCAUGGACCCUCGGCCUUAAAACACACAUUCAAACAUGGCUUGCUGCAUUUACGAGCAAUCCAAAUGUAUGAAUCAAUCAAAACAAUAUUCAACAUUACUGAAUGUACAAAAUGAUCUCCCAACACAGUGGAGAAAUGCUGGUCAGUCCACCACUUGUUGGCCAUAAUGUGCUGUGACAAACUCAAUCUUGUGGGAUAGUUGGGGAGGAAUGGGAUCGUAGGAAACUAGAGGCAAUCAGACUUUUACCAAAUAAAGGAAAAUCCCAAAAGGGUUAAACUAAACAAUGAUAAUAAACAUAAGAGGCCUUGAUGGUAACAGAGAGCUUUUGUUGAAGACAUAAGGGCAGUUUUUUGUCUGAAGUCGGAACAAUCAUCAACCCCAUGUUCAGGGUGCACAGUUUGUCGUAAAGCCAAACCCAGGAUUUCUUGUCCUGAAGCCAUGAAGGACAUUUUUCAUUCCACAAAAUCCUGAAACCCCAAAGUAGUUCAGGUGCGUUAAGACUGAACACAAUUGCAUACAAAGUCAUUAACGCAAGUUUGCAAGAACCUGCUAAUAAAUGCGUACUUUUGAGCUAAAUCCGGAUUAUCCCGUAGGUUUCUAAAUCCGAAUUAAGAGAGAUUAUAACUUGCCAAUUAUAAUUACAGCCAAAUUAUUCUUUUAGAAAACAUUUUUAUACUAUUACUACUUCUGAAAAUGUCCAGAAACCUCACUUACAAUCAGCUGUGGAUAACCAUAUUAUUUUUUAUUACAAAUCCAAUGUCAUUUGCUGCUUUUGGGAAGGUUUUACCUCAUCGCCAUUUUUAUCACAAGACAGUCAUUUCCUUUUAGGACGGAGAAGAGGAAGAGGAAGAGGAAGAAGCAGUCACAUAACACGUUGAAGGUUUUUCCUUUUUUAUUGUUUUGUAAUCUUUCUUUGGCGAGGUGAGGAAUGCUAAACUCGGAGGUGUCAGGACUGCC